GCCAUCAGCAAUCAUUAAACCAUCAUUGACUACUAUCCAAACGGAGGGUCAAUAAUCUUUCGCUAUGCGAUUUUAUUUUCUGCAAAUUUAGUGCCGUUUUAAACUUUCAAGAUAUAUAUGAGAUAAUGAGCAGCGCCAAAAUGGGGGAAAUAGGUGAAGUGGACAUACCAAACAAUGAAGACAACGACGAUAAGGAGUUUGAUCCACCGAUUGAGAUGAUGAUUCACGAUUACGACGACGAGAGGACCCUUGAUGACGAAGAAGCCCUUGAAGAAGAAGCUGAGAGUGAAUUAGACGAGCUCUCCGAGUUGCAAAAGGACAAUCAAAUUCCUCUCGCUGAGCUGUUCGCCAUGCAUGGCUACGGCGAGGUCCACCCAGUGAACUCCAUCAACGUGGAAAACGACAUCGAGGCCAUCAUCGAAGACGACUGCAGCGGUGUCGAGGAAAACACAAUACAACCAGGCAUCACCAGCACGCAGGUGCUGCAGAUGUAUGUCGAGGACGAGGAAGACCUCUACACGUCCCUUGACUUUAGCAACUCUGGCUCCUUCAAAACCACCAGGGUUGGAGACGAGUACCAAGCACAGGUUCCUGAAGUUGCCUGCAGCAUGGACACGAUUGAUCCUCACUACGGAAAGCUGGACACACUGCUCUGGGAUCCGAGCCAUUUGUCAGAAAAUCAGGUUGAGGCUUUCAACAAAGCAACAAAUAAAGCGCAACUUCAGGGCAGGCACGCGUGUGUACGAGACAAUGACGAGAACUUGUAUUCUCUGAUGAUGAGCAAUUUCAACAUCGAAGAGGCGCUUCGCAGACAUUCGUUCAACACAACUGAGCCAGUGAACACCAUUUCUCUGUGGACAGAGCAAGAGGUGGACAAGUUUGAAAAUGGACUUUGCACCUACGGCAAAGACUUCUUCAAAAUCCACCAGAAUAAGUUGCCCUCCAAGUCGGUGAUGGACAUAAUCAAAUUUUACUACCUGUUCAAAAAGACUGCACGCCACGAAAAACUGAUGACCAGAAAUGACGUGAAAAUAAGCAAGAAGCCAAGUAGGCCUUUUAGAAUUAGUUCAAACAGAAAUCUGGAGUUUUUGGAAAACUUGCUUGGGGACGGUUCGGGAAAAACUAUGGCAGCCGAGGCUUAGAGCGUCGCACGAAAUAUCUAUCAUUUAUCAUUUCUGGCAAAUGAGUAACACGAUUAUUUAUAUUUUGAUCUCAAGUGGAGGAGGUUAUACGGUGGGUCAGAACUAACUUGUAUGAUUGCUGCAAACUACUAAAAUCACCAUUUUAUUGGCUAUUUGGGAAAGUCUUUUGCAUUUCAAGCCACAACCAGACAGAAACUAUUUCAAAGUUUAGUUUAUUUUAUCUGCGUUCCAGACUUGAUAUCCUGAAAACAGAAAUCGUUCGGAAUCACAUCUGGAAUGCACAUAGUAAAAGGCUUAAAUCUGAAACCUAUUACGAUGCGCGUGAAAAUUAAAAUAAAAUAGUGGGCUUCAAACUUUAGGGACUUCUAUAAAGGAUCCUCUUCUCAUUGCUCAUAGAAUAGUUUAAAAACUGCGCAUUCAUUGUUGUAAAAGUCGUCUUUAUUGCUCUAAAAAUAUAUUUUCCAUGAAAAAGGGCUGGGGUUGAUAGCAAUGAAGACUAAUUUUACGAACCAAGGAAUGUUCUUCUAAGGACUUCCCUAAAUAGCCAAUAUGAUCCCAAUUAACGCAAUGUGUGUAUUUUUAUAUUUAAUUUGUCUGGACACGCGUCAACUGAACUUAUUAAUUGUUCACAGGGGUGUGAAUCUUUGGAGAAUAUUUUUGGACAUGUGAUUCUGUUUGAAUGAUUCGUGCAAAAUUUGGCAAGUCUUUUAGUUCUCAUCAUUUUUACGAAUACUUUACAAAAAUAAUUUUAAUUGUUUUAAGUUCACUGAGCUUGUCAGAUGUUUUACCUACUUGAAAAUGUGCUUUAGCUUGAAUUGUGGCCAGUCCUAUUUGCAUCCCCCUAUGGAUUUUGUACUUACAAAAUUGAUAAAAUUAAGCAAUGAAUUGAAAACUUAAAUUGAGUACGAUGUUACUAGUGGUUCCUAAAAUCCUGCAAUUGGCUCAAAUUCUUAGUGAUUUAAGUCUCCAACAAAGAAUAAUUAACACUAUUAAGUGUGCCAUAUUAUAUCAAAACGAUAUCAGUUUGCAUUGCUUCAUGCUUGUGUAAUACUCAUUAAACAGGUUAAAUUAUUCAGAAAAUAAACAUAAUUUUACAAGAACAGAAACAAAA